AUGAAUCGCGCGCACGGUGCGCUAUUUAUUGUACGAUCCGCGCCAUUGUGGCGAAAAGACACUGUGGCCGAGUGGUCUAAGGCGCCAGGUUCAGGUCCUGGUUCGAAAGAGCGUGGGUUCAAAUCCCACCGGUGUCAACUUUUUUUGACUUUUUACUUUUUCAGUACUUAG